UGCACGCGCGCGCGCAUGCGGAGGCAAGAGCCGGAAGUUCCCCUGAGAACGGGCCUUCCCGCGAAAACCGCCGGCCGGAACUGCCGGGAAGUCUCGCCUCCGGGCGGAACUCCGGGUUGCCGGGCAACCGCGGUGGGAGACGCAGGCUGGCUCAGUGUUCCAUGGGGCAAUCCGAGUGUAGCUCCCACCUCCUGUCCUGGCAACUUCCUUUCCCGGCCGCCUCCCUUCUUGCCGCCUCUCCUUGCGUCGGGGAAUCCCUGCCCUUGGCAAUACGUACACCUCUCCGGCUCCCAAGACCGCUUAGCGCCCACCUGCUUGAAAGCCGGUAUUCACCCGAAGCGGAGCGACCUGGCCCCGGGCGUGGCCUCCACGCUGACCGACCGCACCUGCUCGGCCAUGGGCACCUACACCUACACCUACACCAGCCGGCCUCGGGCCCUGCCCUGCCAGCGCCGCCGUUACCGGGACCACCUGAUGCAGCUUGCUGAAGAGCCUGUGCAUCAUGGAAACAUAAUGUAUGACAGAAGGGUGGUCCGAGGCAAUACUUAUGCUCUACACACAGGACCGCUGCCUGGGCAGCCUGAUCCUAUAGAAAUUCAGAGACAGCAACAGGCUAAGAGGAGGGCUCUUGCCAAAAAACGAGCUCAAGAACAGUUCAGACCACGAACACCCGAGCCCGUGGAAGGCAGAAAGCACGUGGAUGUGCAGACAGAAAUGUACCUUGAAGAAAUUGCUGACCGUAUAAUAGAAGUUGAUGUGGAAUGCCAAACAGAUGCAUUUUUGGACAGACCACCAACACCACUCUUUAUUCCUGCCAAAACUGGCAAAGAUGUGGCCACCCAAAUACUAGAAGGAGAGCUCUUUGACUUUGAUCUUGAAGUUAAACCAAUGUUAGAAGUUCUGGUGGGAAAGACCAUUGAGCAGUCUCUUUUGGAAGUAAUGGAAGAAGAAGAGUUGGCUAACCUGCGGGCCAGUCAGUAUGCGUAUGAAGAGUUACGCAACGUCGAACUUGCUGAAGUCCAGCGACUUGCAGAGCAAGAGAAACGACACAGAGAGGAAAAAGAGCGCCGGAAGCGACAGCAGUGGGAGGUGGUGUACAAACACAGCGAGACGGCGCAGAAAGUGGCGGCGCGCGUGUUCGCCCAGCGGUACCUGGCCGACCUUCUCCCCUCGGUGUUCGACAGCCUCCGGGACGGCGGCUACUUCUACGACCCCGUUGAAAGAGAUAUUGAAAUAGGAUUCCUUCCAUGGCUAAUGAAUGAAGUUGACAAAACCAUGGCAUACAGUAUGGUGGGAAGAACAGUGCUUGACAAGUUGAUUCGUGAGGUGGUUGAGAAGAGACUGGCUGCGUAUGAGCAGAGGGACGACCAGCCCCCGGCCGGGAAGCCUAAGGACGAGCUCGGGGGGUCCAGGAGGACGACAGAGCCACCAGUGGGUUAUGAACUCCAGGAACAAAGCACAGCACAGCCACAGAGGCCACUUCUGGGAAGAGACUCCCUGCAAAGAACACCAGAUGAUGGAAGGUAUAUGGAGAGUGUGUUAGCCCAAGAAACGAAGCUUAUGGAAGAAGGAGAGUAUGAGCAAACAAAAAUAAGGAAAACCUCGGGGACAGAAGUGCUACAACCAAGGGGAGACUUCCAGCCAUGAAACCAAUCAACAGCCAGUCAGCAUUGCAAGCCAUCAGGGAUCCCAGAAGGAGAAGAGAAAGAAAAGAGGACAGAAAAAUUAUUUGAAAAAAUAAUAGCUCACAACUUCCCAAAUCUGUGGAAAGAAACAAAUCUAGAUGCAGGAGGCACAGAGAUCCCCCAACAAAAUCAACCCAAAGAGGUCCGCUCCAAGACACACAGCAAGUGAAAUGGCAAAAAGUAGUGAUAAAGAAUUUUAGAAGAAGCAAGAAGAAAGAAAGCAGAUACAUACAAGGGAAACCCUAUAAGGCUAUCAGCUGAUUUUUCCACAGAAACUUUGUAGGCCAGAAGAGAGUGGUAUUAUAUAUUCAAAGUGCUGAAAGGAAAAAAAUCUGCAGGUAAUACUCUAGAUAGAAUACCCUAUCCAGCAAGACUAUCAUUUAGAAUCGAAGAAGAGAGAAUUUCCCAAACAGCUAAAGGAAUUCAUGAUUAAACCAGCCCUAUAAGAAAUGUUAAAGGGCAAGAGGAAGGCAAGUAGGAAGCACAAAAGCAGUAAUACUAAGUAUAUCUGUAAAAAGCAGUCAAAGAACUUACAAAAAUAAAAGGAUGUAAACAAUAACACCACAUACCUAAAACUUGGGGAGGAGAGGAGUAAAGAAUGGGUUCAAACUUAAGUGGCUACCGACUUAAUAUAAACUGCUAUACACAGAAGAUAUGAUAGACUGAAUGGUAUAUCUGAAUGGUAUACUAUAAAUGUAUACCAUUUAUACAUGAUAUACAUGUAUAUACAUUAUGGUAUACAUGUAUAUGCAUGAUAUACAUCAUGAGAGAAAAGAGCAAUAGAAGAAAGGAAUAGAAAUAAACUACAAAAACAACCAUGAAACAAGGAAUAAAAUGGCAAUAAAUAUACACCUACCAAUAAUUACUUUGAAUAUAAAUGGACUAAAUGCUCCAAUCAAAAGACAUAGGGUGAUGGAUGGAUAAAAACAGAACAAAACAAAACAAAAAAAACAAAAACAAAAAAAAAAAAUAAGACCCAUCUAUAUGCUGCCUAUGAGAGACUCAUUUCAGACCAAAAAACACAUGCAAAUUGAAAGUGAAGGGACAGAGAACCAUUUGUCAUGCAAAUGGAUAUGAAAGGAAAGCCAGGGUAGCAAUACUUUUAUUGGACAAAAUAGACUUUAAAACAAAGACUGAACAAGACACAAAAAAAAAGACACUAUAUAAUCAAGGGGACAAUCCAACAAGAAGAUAUAACAAUUGUAAAUAUUUGUGUAUCCAACAUAGAAGCACCCAAAUAUAUAAAGCAGGUGAUAACAAACAUGAAGGAAUUGAUAGUAAUUUUAACUCCCCACUUAUAUCAAUGGGCAGGUCAUUCAAACAGAAAACCAAAAGGAAACAGUGGCUUUAAAUGACACAUUGAACCAGAUGGAUUUAACAGAUAUAUUCAGAACAUUUCAUCCUAAAAACAGCAGAAUACACAUAUUUUCAAGUGCACAUGGAACAUUCUCCAAAAUAGAUCGUAUAUUAGGCCACAAAACAAGUCUCAACAAAUUCACAAAGAUUGAAGUCAUUUCAUGCAUCUUUUCUGACCACAAUGCUAUGAAAUUAGAAAUCAACCACAGGAAAAAUCUGGAAAGAACACAAAUAAAUGGAGGUUAAAUAACAUGCUACUAAGCAAUGAAUGGGUCAACUAAGAACUCAAAGAAGAAAUCAAAAACUAUAUGGAGACAAAUGAAAAUGAAAACACAAUAGGGAUGUAGCAAAAGCUGUUCUAAGAGGAGAGUUUAUAGCAAUACAGGUCUACCUCAAAAUUCAAGAAAAAAAAAAAACAAGCAAACAAACAAAAAACAAUAGAAGAGAUCAAUGAAACCAGAAGCUGGUUCUUUGAAAAGAUCAACAAAAUUGAUAAAGCUUUAGCCAAACUUAUCAAAAGGAAGAAAAACAUAACUCAAACAAAAUCAGAAAUAGGAGAAAUAGCAAACAACACCACAGAAAUGCAAAGGAUUAUAAGGGAAUAUUAUGAAAAAUUACAUGACAACAAAUUGGACAACCUAGAAGAUAUGGAUAAAUUUCUAGAAAUAUGUAACCUCCCAAAACUGAAUCAGGAAGAAAUAGAAAAUUUGAAUGGACUGAUUUCCAGCAACAAAACCGAACCAGUAAUCAAAAAAAACUCCCAACAAACAAAAGUCCAGGACCAGAUGGCUUCAAAAGUAAAUUCUUUUUUUUUAAAUUUUUUAAAAUGUUUAUUUAUUUUUGAGAGACAGAGUGAGCAGGGGAGGGGCAGAGAGAGGGAGACACAGAACAUGAAGCAGGCUCCAGGCUCCAAGCUGUCAGCACAGAGCCUGACGGGGGGCUCGAACUCAAGAGCCGUGAGAUCAUGACCUGAGCCGAAGUCGGACACUCAACCAACUGAGCCACCCAGGCGCCCCCAAAAGUAAAUUCUACCAAACAUUUAAAGAAGAGUUAAUACCUAUUCUCAAACUAUUCCAAAAAAUAGAAGAUGAAGGAAAACUUCCAAAUUCAUUCUAUGAGGCCUGCAUUACCCUGAUACCAAAACCAUACAAAGACACUACAAAAAAAGAGUACAGGCCAGUAUCUUUGAUGAACAUACAUGCAAAAAUCCUCAACAAAACAUUAGCAAACUGAAUCCAACAAUACAUUAAAAAAAAAAUCCUUCACCACAAUCGAAUGGGAUUUACUCCCAGGAUGCAAGGAUGGUUCAAUAUUCACAAAUCAAUCAAAUGUGAUCCAUUACAUCAAUAAGAGAAAGAAUAAAAAAAUAUAUAUGAUCAUUUCAAUAGAUGCAGAAAAAGCAUUUGACAAAGUACAACAUCCACUCAUGAUAAAAACAAAGUAGGUUUAGAGGGAACAUACCUCAGUAUAAUAAAGGCCAUAUAUGAAAAGCCACAGCUAACAUCAUACUCAAUGGUAAAAAACUGAAAGCUUUCCUCUUAAGAUCAGGAAUAAGACAAGGAUGUCCACUCUUACCAUUUUUAUUUAACAUAGUACUGGAAGUCCUAGUCACAGCAAUCAGACAAUAAAAAGGAAUGAAAGGCAUCCAAAUUGAUAAGAAGUAUAGUCAACUGAUCCUGACAAAGAGCAAAGGGAAUACAAUGGAGAAAAGAUAGCCCUUUUAGCAAAUGGUUCUGGAACAACUGGACACCCACAUUCAAAAAAUGAAUCUAGACACAGACUUUACACUCUUUAACUCAAAAUGGAUCAAGACCUAAAUGUGAAGUGCAAAACUAUAAAACUUUCUUGUUACACAAGGAAAUCUAGUUGACCUUGUGUUGGGCAAUAAUUUUUUAAUAUAACAGCAAAGGCAUAAUCCAUGAAAGAAUUGAUAAGCUGGACUUCAUUAAAAUUAAAUAUUUCUGCUCUGUAAAAGGCACUGUGAAGAGAAUGAAAAAACAAGCCACAGGCUUGGAGAAAAUAUUUGCAAAAGACAUGUCUGAUAAAAGACUGUUGUCCAAAAUAUACAAAGAACUCUUAAAACCCAACAAUAAGAAAACAAACAACCUGAUUUUAAAAGUGGGCCAAAGACCUGAACAGAUACCUCACUAAAGAAUAGAAACA